AGCAUUUAUGCGGCCAGUGUCCAAGCUUAGAGCUGCAUCUGUCUGAGUCCAUCAUUCCAGCUGGGGCAGCUGGGAAGGUGAAAGGAAGUAAGAAAUUAUGGAAGGAAGGAAGACAGGAGGGACUGCCAGCAGAGCAGAAAAAUCUGGGGUGUAGUGUAUGUGGACCCCAAGAAGCCGUGUGGAUACCACUACCUUUGCUGGUCUCUACCUGUGGUCAGUUAGAUGUUUGUGUGAGCAUGGGCCUCUGUUUAUGCUGUGGCAUUCAGCACAGCAGAACCCCUUCAUCUCUCAGACUUAGCACUGGGUUGCUAUAGGUGCUACCACAACUUAAAGGUGGGCCACCUUCAGCCCUCAGGCAGGUGCCUUUCAGUCUAAAGUUCUGAAGGCUUGACAGCUGCCAGCUCAUGCAUAAGCUUGUUUGCCUCUGAAGAAGCUUAGGUGAGGUCCCUACAGGGCAGGAGAAAAGUUUUAGGAGCACCCACUCCUGGGGGUGGGGGGCGGAGGGACAGGAAGGAAACGGAGAGGGAAAUGGAGAGGCGCCCCCAUGCUAGCCAUCUCUCACGGAGCUUGCGCCAGGAAAGUGAAAGGGUGUCCAGAAGAAAGAAACAAGAAACCUCCGGACCCCACUCCCUGGCUGUGCCGGCUGUCAAAGGGACAGAAGAAUGUUAGGAUGUUAGGAAGGUGCCCACUGAAGGUUCCGGGUUCUCAUGUCCCAGGACAAGGAGCUGCACCAAGGAUGUGUGAUCUCAGGCCCAUGGCGACCUGCCCUGUCCUGCAGAAGGAGAGGCUGUUCCAGACAGGAGUCUAUGCUUACAGAAUCCCUGCUCUGCUCUUCCUGUCGAAGCAGAAGACUCUGCUGGCCUUUGCGGAAAAGCGUCUGACCAAGACGGAUGAGCAUGCAGAGUUGCUUGUCCUGCGAAGAGGAAGCUACAAUGCAGCCACCCAUCAGGUCCAGUGGCAAGCUGAAGAGGUGGUGACCGAAGCCCAGCUGGAGGGCCACCGCUCCAUGAACCCGUGUCCCUUGUAUGACAAGCAGACAAGGACCCUCUUCCUUUUCUUCAUCGCCGUCCGUGGGCAAGUAUCAGAACACCACCAGCUCCAGACCAGGGUCAAUGUCACACGGCUAUGUCACAUCACCAGCACUGACCAUGGGAAGACCUGGAGCCCUGUCCAGGACCUCACAGAUACCGCCAUUGGCAACACCCACCAGGAAUGGGCCACAUUUGGUGUGGGUCCUGGGCACUGUCUGCAGCUGCGGAACACAGCUGGGAGCCUGCUGGUGCCUGCUUAUGCCUACCGAAAACUACAUCCUAUCUACGCGCCUGCCCCCUCUGCCUUCUGCUUCCUCAGCCAUGACCACGGGCAUACGUGGGAGCUAGGCCACUUUGUGUCCCAGAACUCACUGGAGUGCCAGGUGGCUGAGGUUGGCACUGGAGCUCAGAGGGUGGUCUAUCUUAAUGCUAGGAGCAACCUGGGAGCCAGGGUCCAGGCACAAAGUCCUAAUGGUGGCCUGGAUUUCCAGGACAACCAGGUAGUGAGUAAACUUGUAGAGCCCCCCAAAGGCUGCCAUGGAAGUGUGAUUGCCUUCCCCAACCCCACCUCAGGGGCAGAUGACUUAGAUAUGUGGCUGCUGUAUACCCACCCUACAAACUCCUUACAGAGGACCAACCUGGGUGUAUACCUCAACCAGAAGCCACUGGACCCCAAGGCCUGGUCAGAGCCCACUCUGCUGGCCACCGGCACCUGUGCCUACUCAGAUUUGCAGAACAUGGGGCAUGGCCCUGAUGGCUCCCCACAGUUUGGGUGUCUGUAUGAAGCAAAUAACUAUGAAGAGAUCAUUUUCCUCAUGUUUACCCUGAAGCAAGCUUUCCCACAAGUUUUUGGUGCCCAGUGAUCUUGCUUCAUAUGGCCCAAAGUGCUCCUGUGUGCCUCAAAAUACCCAUCUCUCUUUCCUCCAGCUUCCUCUAGUCGUUUGGAUUCAGCUCUUGGUCCCCUUCCUUGUGAGUGUGCAGAGCGCUUGAUCUCUUGGCUCUUCACAGGCUUUGCUGUUCCAGCCUCCUCAGUGGCUUCUGUUCCCAGCCCAGAAGCCAAAGCUGGCUUUCCCCCGCCUCUUGACAGGGAAGGUGGGACAGCCACUCACUGUCAUUCUGCAUGUCAGCUGUCCCUGUGCUAGCUUAGCUCGCCCGCCCGUUUCCUGGUGGUUUUGGAUGAGUCUUAAUAAAUUAUCCAACUCA